CUCGGUGCGAUGCCGAGAUCGUCUCGAUCCGCGCAGCUCGACGCCGAGGCCGUGCGAGAGGCCUGCGAUUGGAUCAAUGCGCUCGUGGACGACGCGGCCCUCGAGCCUGAUUCCUUCGCCGCCGGGCUCAAGUCCGGCGCCAGCCUCUGCAAGCUCAUCAACGCCAUCAAGCCGGCGACCAUCAAAAAGAUCUCCACGAGCGCCCUCAAAUUCAACGAGAUGGACAACAUCACGGCGUUCCUGCGCGCGGCCAAGGCGCUCGGCGUGCCGGAGCGGGACCUCUUCGAUACGAUCGACCUCCACGAGGAGAAGGACCUCGUCGCCGUCGUCCAGACCGUGCACGCGCUGGGGCGGACCGUGCAGACGGCGAUGCCCGACUCGGCGCUGCCGGUGCUCGGACCCAGGCUCGCGACGGCGAACCGGAGGUCGUUCACGGAGGCGCAGCUCCGCGCCGGCCUCAACGAGAUGACGUUCCAA